UCACGCGAUCCCGGAAGUCAGGACGGGCCCCGCUUUCAAGAUGGCAGCGCGCAGGGCGUGGGACCGUGACCCGCCUGGGCUCGGUCUCGAGUGGUAGCGUGAGCCGGCUUUGCAGCGCCAUGGACCGGCCUGGCUUCACAGCUUCACUGGUGGCUGGUGGAGUAGCAGGUGCCGCUGUUGACUUGAUAUUAUUUCCUCUGGAUACCAUUAAAACCAGGCUGCAGAGUCCACAGGGAUUUAGCAAGGCUGGUGGCUUCCGUGGAAUAUAUGCUGGUGUUCCUUCUGCUGCUGUUGGAUCCUUUCCUAAUGCUGCUGCCUUUUUCCUCACCUACGAAUAUGCGAAGUGGUUUCUGUACACGGAUUCAGCCUCCUACCUGACGCCCGUGAAGCAUAUGCUGGCUGCCUCUGCUGGGGAAGUGGUGGCCUGCUUGAUCCGAGUUCCUUCUGAGGUGGUUAAGCAGAGGGCACAGGUCUCGGCCUCUACCGGAACACUGCAGAUUUUCUCAAACGUCUUACGUGAAGAGGGUAUCCAAGGAUUAUAUCGAGGCUACAAAAGCACAGUUUUAAGAGAGAUUCCUUUCUCUUUGGUCCAGUUUCCCUUAUGGGAGUCCUUAAAAGCCCUCUGGUCCUGGCGGCAGGAUCGUGUGGUGGAUUCUUGGCAGUCGGCAGUGUGUGGAGCUUUUGCAGGUGCAUGCGCAGCCGCAGUCACCACACCUCUGGAUGUGGCAAAGACACGGAUUAUGUUGGCAAAGGCUGGCUCCAGCAUGGCCAGUGGGAACGUGCUCUCUGCCCUGCACGGUGUCUGGCGGUCCCAGGGCUUGGCAGGGUUAUUUGCAGGCAUCCUCCCUCGCGUGACAGCCGUAAGCCUAGGCGGCUUCAUCUUCCUGGGGACUUAUGACCAGAUGCGCAGCCUACUGGGAGAAGUUGGCAGGAAGAACCCAUGAAGAAGAGCCACUCCUGAGGAGGCAGUCUGCCAGAACUGACAAUCCACAGGAACCAACGCCAGCAGCCUGGAAGACAGCCUCUAAAAUAACUGUCGGGGCGCAUGUGUUAGUAGGAUGAACUUCCCAGAAGAGAGAGAGGCAGCACUUCCCUGUCUGACCAGCUGCUCGUGACAGGUCAGCCACUGUCCUUGGGCUCUGUCAA